AUGGAGUUGCUCCGGUUGUGGAUACUUCUUUUGGGCUCUCUGAUGUUUGCGGAAAUCUUGUGGACUCUACCCAUUGAUCAGGAGCAGCAGCUGAGGCCUGAGGAUGUGGAGCUGGCUGAGGGCUACCUCAGGAGGUUUUAUAACCUGAACCUCAGGAGCAGAGGCAGACAGAUCAGGUCCAUGUCAGCCAUGGAGGAGAAGACCAGAGAAAUGCAAAACUUCUUUGGUCUGCAAGAGACGGGACACCUGGACCCUCACACCCUUGAUGUGAUGAGGGAGCCGAGGUGUGGCGUUCCAGAUGUGGAAAACUUCAGCUUUUACCCUGGAAAGCCUAAAUGGAAGCACCACACCAUCACAUACAUGAUUGCCAAAUACACUCCGGAUAUGAAGAGAGAGGAUGUGGAAAAGUCCUUUCAAACUGCUCUGAAGAUGUGGAGUGACGCAACACCACUGAAGUUCAUCAAAGUCAACCAUGGCAAAGCUGAUAUAGUCCUCUCCUUCGCCCGCAGAACUCAUGGAGAUUUCUUUCCCUUUGAUGGACCCCGAGGUGUGCUGGCCCACGCCUUUCAGCCUGGAGAGGGGAUGGGAGGAGAUGUGCACUUUGAUGAGGAUGAAACAUGGACAGCAGGGAGCCAAGGUUACAGCCUGUUCGCUGUUGCAGCUCAUGAGCUUGGCCACUCACUGGGCUUAACUCACUCAAGGGACCCCUCCGCUAUCAUGUACCCAAAUUACAGGUAUCGCAGCAGUACACAGUACUCUCUAUCCAAAGAUGAUGUGCUUGGGAUCCAAACACUGUACGGCAAGCCUACCAAAAAAGGGGAAACUGAACAGGCUCCUAAAAAGUGUGACCCCAACUUUUCUUUUGAUGCAGCAACUAUGAUUGGAAAUGAGAUUGUUUUCUUUAAAAACAGGUACAUGUGGAUGAGAACAACACAAACAACCUAUUGGAAUCGCCUGACAGAAGGCCACAGCAGCACAUAUUUACCGAGCAUCAGUUCUCACGUUGAUGCCGCUUAUGACAUCCCUGCCAAAGGCGUGGCGUACAUAUUCACCGGUCAUAAGUACUGGGUGGUUCAACAGCUUAAGAUGAAAAGUCGCUCUGGCUCCAUCUACGAGUACGGCUUCUCCUCUAGAGUCAGGCAGGUUGACGCUGCCGUGCAUAUCAGUGAAUAUGGAAAAACAAUCUUCUUCACAGGAGAAUUUUACUACAGGUAUGAUGAGCGCAAGAGACGGAUGGACCCUGGCUUCCCCAAACUCAUCCAAAAAGACUGGCCUGGAAUCCCACGAAGGGUCGACGCUGCCUUUAAGUUGCAUGGUAGCAUCUUCCUCUUCAGCGGGAUAAAAUCCUACCAGUUUGACUUCAGGAAAAACCGGGUGGUGAAUAUAAUUUCAGCAAAUUCUUGGCUGGGUUGUUGAUUAAGUUGACACAAUGCCGGAGCUAUACAUUCUUUAUGUAGUCAAGAAGAACUCUGAAAUGAGAAAUGUUGAGAAAAGGAAAGUGACAGUUGUAAACUAAGACAAUAAGUUGUUAUAUGUUGUUAUAUAAGUUAUUAUAUGAAUUAUUACAGUUUAGACUUUUGGGGCAUGUGUAUAACUGUAUGUAAAAUUACAUCUCUGACAUCCCUCUGUGGCACAACACUGAGGCUUUAAAAUGUGAAAAUCUAGUGCAAAGUUUAUCUUCGAUUUUCUAAUUUUGUGGACUUUUAAAUAGCAUUUAAUCUUUAUGUACUUUAGGAAACGUUAUGACGUGUACAUGACAUGUACACAAACGUUUGACUAAGAUGUAAAUCUGAAUAUGUAUAAACAGUGUAACAGUGUAAAUGUGUCCUUAUUAAUGUGAACUCAAUAAAAGAUCAUGUUUGUUCUUGAA